GGAAACCAACUACGAAACCAGAAUAUAUCCUCUGCUGUAUGGACCUUUCCUCCAUCACAUAACAAUUAAUACACAUAUUUUUAAAUCUGCAUUAUGUUUUCCCUUUAGAAAGACUGUAUCUCUAUUAUUGUAGGCCUUUUCCUCUCCCGUAGAACUUCUGCGCCCUAUGCGAGGCGACAGGUGGUGAUCGUCGCACGAUAAAGAGCACCAACAGCAAGAAAAACAUCGCACACCUAUUCAAAUUGACUGCUUGGAUGUGUAUUGACCGGUGCUUUUUCCCUCAUUUUUCUUUUUCUAACCUGCUUUACCUCGUCAAGAUUUGUGUACUCCGUUGCCCAUAUUGACGGCGUACUACAAUCUAAUUCACUGUCUUGCAUCAUUGACUCUUUUCCCUUUUUUAUUUCGUACAGAUGAACGUCACAAUCGACGAAGUAUUAAAUGUGGAUGUCGUUGACUUUCAGGCGUUGACCCGUUGCUGCCGACGUGGCCUGCACGAAAAUGCCCGUCCGGACUGCUGGAAAAUAAUAAUGGGCUUUUAUCCUCCUUCUACUCGGCAAUGGGCGAGAAUCGAGGCAGCUCGCUUGCAGGAGUACACCGACGUGCUGAGCGCAUGUGGGCUCGAUUUGGAGUCAUCGGCGAGCUUAAAAGACGAGAUAACCCGUGCCGUGGACGUCGAUGUGCCACGCACAAUGCCUUCUCUCAACUUCUUUCUUGGUGAAAGCGAUGAACUGUCUGCCGCGCGACGAGAAAGAGAGGGCGAUGCUCUGGGGUUUACCCCAGCUCAGGAAGCGCUUCGUAGAAUACUGAUUACUAGCGCCAAUGUGAAUAAGGCACUGGGCUAUGUGCAAGGGAUGAAUGAAUAUGUGGCACAUCUGCUUUAUGCGUUCGCGAAGGGAAACUCGUGUAAUGUGACAUCGUCUGUCGAAGCAGACGCAUUUUUCUGUUUUCAGACUCUACUGUCGCACCUCGGCGACGAUUUCAGUCGUUCCUUUGACUUUGACGCUACAUGUGGGUUGACCAGCACAAUGCGACUGUUUGACAACGUACUACGGUUUUUCGAUCCACAGCUGUUCCACUUUAUGGAGUCUCUCGGUAUUAGCGCGGAGCACUAUGCGCUGCGUUGGAUCAUGCUUCUCUUCACCCAAGAAUUCAAUAUCGCGGAUGCCCUGCGGGUGUGGGAUUUUCUUCUCUCUUUUGGCGACCAGAUUCGAAACGCUGCAUUUUUUGUGGCGGCUUCCAUGUGCUAUCAUUUACGUUCGUCCAUUUUGUCAGCGGAGACGAUGGGCGAUGUCAUUCCUCUCUUGCAUGAGUAUCCUUCUGGGGACGUGAAUGAGUUUCUACGCGUAGCUCUGCGAUGGAUCGCCAGAUUCGACUUCGAUUUGAUUGAGAAGCUGAAGCAAGCGACGCCGGAAGAGGUGCAAGGUUUACGACGCUUUUAUGGGCUUGAGGUCGACAAAAGUUUUGCUCAAAUUAUGCAAGGUUGGAUCUCUUCCGUUUUUUGA